AAUUCCCUGUGUGUGCAGGUGUCCCGACUGCUGGGUUCUUCUACUGUAUGUUUUGGGUUCUGUGUGGUUCUAACAGGGUGAGAACGCUGAGGCUUGGAUGGCUACCAGGGUGACUGGCUGCAUGAUGGUGGUGAUUCACUGACUCAAGUAUGCCCUCUAGUGACAGUCUACAGGAGUGCAGGCGCUGCAACCAGCCUGCCCACAGGUGCAGAGUCAGAUCAGUGAGCGGGGGUAGGCCCGUGCUGCAGGCGCUACGGAGUGUGAUCUUCAGAGGAGUGCAGAUCGUCUGUGACACGCUCAAAGGAGCAGAUUUAAACGAUGAAGAUGCUGAGUCUCCGUCCCACAACGUGGAGGAUUCUGCUGCUGCGUCUCCAUCCCAGAGUCUUGAGGACUCUACUGCUGACAGGAUGUUCUACUCCUGCUACGAGAGUCUAGAGGACAUCAGCUGGGGGGAGGAGAGGCCGCAGUCAGGCACUGAGCUCAGAACCUCCACUCCAGUCAGGAAUGUGUUUUUGCCAGAGAGUCGGGGAGACGUCCACAUCGCCACCAAACUGAGAGCCGUGCGGCAGGCCUUCCAGAUCAUCGCCCACGACACAGAAUCCAGGAACUUCCUGAAGGAGGCGGGACUUAGUAUCCUGAAUGGAUUGCUGUCAUUGGCAGGGAAGAAGACGGAGGGCUUGGCCCAUGUGUGGGGAUGCCUGAUGGCGUUUGCUGAGAGCUCGUCCAAUUGGGGCUCCAUCACUGAGGAGUGCCAGAGAGCAGGGGUGCAGACGGUGUGCUUUUACGACCUGUUUUACGAGGCCAUUGUGCUGCGUCUGCUGGAAUGCUGCGGUCAGGAGCCGCCCGAGUUGACCACCACCCUCCGCACGCCCUGGCUCUCCUGCGGCAUGAAGAGAACCACGGUGAUGUUUCACGCCUGGGCUCGAAUACGCAGGGACAGGGAGCUGCUGACGAGGCCACAGGGCCUGUACCACCACCUGUGUGAGAUGAUGAUGGUGGUGAGGCCACAGGGCCUGUACCACCACCUGUGUGAGAUGAUGAUGGUGGUGAUGAUGAUGAUGAUGAUGAUGAAGGUGUUUUCCUCUGUAGAGGCCACAGGGCCUGUACCACCACCUGUGUGA